CACUGCAUCCCAUAAUCCAGGAUAACAAGAGACUGCUCUCUGGGAAUUAUUACACUAAAACUGGAGAGUGAUUUUUGCUUCACGCCCUCCGCUAAACCUCGGAUACUCAGGGAAAUAAAGGUUUAUUUUUGUUAGUUCAACAGUAAACGCUGUGGAUGUUUUACUAUGGCACUAAGUCUAAAGUUGCCGUUCAUACUCGAGAAGCUCAGCUCGACCUCGCACUCGGUGACAUUUUCUCGUCUUCAGACGAUACCCUUUCCUUGAAGACCUGACGCUCGCGACACGAUCCCCUUCUGACCAAUGGGUGUGAAAAGGAGGGUCGUUUCCAUGGGAACACCGGAUCCGGCUGCUGAAGUCGGAAGGGAAUGGAGGCGCAGGGAAAGGCGCAGGAAGAGGCUCUCGUGCCGCGCUGGCGCCAGGCUCGCGAGCUGCCGUAACGGAUCUAACAGUCGCCGCCCAGAGUCAUGGCAAUCUGGUCCCGAUGGACAUCUGCAAUAAGAACCUGAACCGCACAGCCCCAGAGGGUGAGAGUGGCCUGCAGAGGCCGGAGCUGACCUUGUGCUCCCGAACCAACGGCUGGAGCUGGCCUCCCCACCCCUUCCAGCUGCUGGCCUGGCUCCUGUAUCUCUACUUCGCCGUGGUGGCCUUUGGCGUGCUGGUCCCCCUCCUGCCUUCCUACUGGAUCCCUGCAGGCUACAUCUGCACCGGUGUCAUGUUUGUGUGUCACCUCUUUGUUCAUCUCACCGCGGUCUCCAUUGACCCUGCUGACUACAAUGUUCGCGCCAAGAGCUACAGGGGCCCCGUGCCCGUGUUCGACCGCACCAAGCACGCCCACGUCAUCGAGAACUGCCACUGCUACCUCUGCGAGGUGGACGUGAGCCCAAAGUCAAAGCAUUGCAGUGCGUGUAACAAGUGUGUGGCCAGCUUUGACCAUCACUGCAGAUGGCUCAAUAACUGUGUGGGCAGCAGAAACUACUGGCUAUUCCUCAACAGUGUCAUUUCUGCUCUCCUUGGAGUGUGUCUUGUUGUGCUCAUUGCCAGUUACGUCUUCAUCGAAUUCUUUCUCGACCCGUCAAAACUGCGCUCUGACAAGCACUUUCAAGUCAGGAAUGAGACCGUUGUAUGGUUUGUGUUUCUGCCUGUGGCCCCUGUAUCCACUGCCGGCCCAGCCAUCCCUGCCCUGGCUGGUAUCACUAUUGCACUGGGGCUGCUGUCAGCUCUACUGCUGGGGCAUCUUCUGUGCUUCCACAUCUACCUCAUGUGGAACAGGCUGAGCACAUACGAGUAUAUUGUUCGUCAGCGACAUCGCCAGGAGGCCAGAGAGCCAAGCAAGAGCUCCUCUGGGUACGACUCUGUGCCUCCUAAACCCAGCUUCCUCAAGGACGUGAGCUUUUCUGGGAUGCUGGGCUACACCAAUCCCGAGAUGGACUUGGAGCACCACACUACUAGGACAGCAGGGCCAGGAACCGAGUUACUCGGCAACGGCAGUGUGAGGAGUUCAUCCGCCAGACUGACUGAGGAGGAGUCACUCACCAUGGCCUCCAUGGAGUGCAAGGAGGCCAUUUCCCGCCACAAACAGACUGAGAAAAAGAAGAAGAAGAAGGUGCACAAAGCUCCAGCAGAAGUGAGGACCGAGACGCUGCUAGAGGACGGGGCUGGCAAGGCCACCCUGAGUCCUGCAGAGGCCGAAGCCACUAUGGGUGCGGCCACCUCUGUGUCUACCCUGAGUCAACGUCUGCCCUUCCCGGCGUUCCCGCCGCGGACCCCUGCGCAAACGGCCGAGUACCAGUCUGACUCUGCCGAAUCCCUGGAGGAGAUUCCUGUAGUCCUGGCGCGGCUCGGCAGUGCUGCGGUGGCGGGCUUUCGCAGCCCUGGGGCGGAACCGUGUGCCUCAACUUCCACCUCUGCCUCGUCCUCCCAGCAUGCCCUGCUCCCCUCUGCCAGCCAGCACCGCAGCAAGCGGAAUUCCCAAACUCAGAGGUGGGGAAUGCAGAGGUUUGAGAUGGUGACUCAGGCGCCCACGGUCUUUGUCAGCAGGAGCAGCGGAGAGCCUGCAAGUAGCAGCCACGUGCCUGAAGGGCCCAACAGCGAAGGGCCCCUCGGCACUUUUGGGAGGAGUCAAGUGAGUAGCAGCUCCAGAAUGCGAGGCACACUGUCCUUGGAGAGGUGAACCUGCUGUGUCUUGCUCUGGAUGAGGAUGACACAGAAGGAAGAUGAGAGACUGGACACAGCCUAUGCAAACCCUCCAGAACGGGAAGAAGUGUUUUCAAUGUCUUUCAGUUUCUAAGUGUGCCAGCAUUUACACAAAUGAUAACCACUGCUAUAACUACUUACAUUUCUCUUUAUUCAUUUUCCCGUUUAUUCCACUUGCACUUCGUUGUAUAAAUGCACUAAAAUAUAUUUUUCCAAUUAAAUGUUUUAUUUUUGUUUUCUUUGUUUUAAAUGCCAAAGGUCAUACACUGUGUACAACCUUUUGAUGAAGGACCUGUCAGCUGUUAAUUUUUUUCUCCAAACUUGUGCUAUAUAAAACUUUACCUGAAACCUUAAUUUUAUAUGGACACUUUCAUAAAAAAAUGCUGUUGUGUUAAA